AUGGCGCCUUGGACGAGGACCGCAACUGAGCGCUACGGUGUAGUCAAAUGGAAUUUCAAUGGUGAAGGAAAGCGACAACUUCCUCUGGAGGUGGGAGAAACGGUUCACAUACAAGAAGAGUGUGAAGGUUGGUACAGAGGAUACCUGACAAAGAACAAAAGGAAAAAUGGAGUGUUCCCUGCCAGUUACAUUCAUGUGAAGGAAGUCAUCAUUGAAAAACGAGGUGAUGAGGAUGUGAUCAUCUCCGCUGACAUGCCUCUGGUGAAGGAGGUGACCACCACACUCAGAGAAUGGGGGACCAUGUGGAAGCAGCUCUAUGUGUCAAACAAAGGAGCUCGAGUCAAACGCGUCCAAAGGCUUAUGUGGGAUCUGAUGGAGUGGCGUUCCCAGCUCCUGUCUGGCACCCUGCCCACAGAUGAGUUCAAGGAGCUAAAGCAGAAAGUCACCUCCAAGAUUGACUAUGGCAACAAGAUUUUAGAGCUAGAUCUGGUGGUGCGGGAUGAAAACGGAAACAUUUUGGAUCCAGAAAAAGCCAAUGUCAUCAGUCUGUUUCGAGCUCAUGAAGAUGCCACAACUAAAAUCAAUGAACGCAUUAAAGAGGAGCAGUCGAACGUUCAAAUGGAGCAUUGUCUGAUCUCUGCACGGAUUCAGUCGUCCCCGACCCACAGCCUGUAUGUGUUUGUGAGGAACUUUGUGUGCCGGAUCGGAGAGGACUCUGAUCUCUUCAUGUCUCUGUAUGACCCCAACAAUCAGACCAUCAUCAGUGAGAACUACCUGGUCCGCUGGGGCAGUGGAGGCUUCCCCAAAGACAUCGACAUGCUCAACAACCUGAAAGUUGUGUUUACUGAUUUAGGAAACAAGGAUUUGAGCAGGGAGAAGAUUUAUCUAGUUUGUCAGAUCGUGCGAGUGGGAAGGAUGGACCUGAAGGAGUCAAACAGCAAGAAAUUCACACAGAAUUUACGACGACCGUUUGGAGUGGCUGUGAUGGACAUCAGUGACAUCAUUAAAGGGAAGAUUGACUGUGAUGAAGAAAAGCAGUUUUUCAUCCCCUUUGCUCCAGUUCUUGCUGAGAACGACUUCCUCCACACUUUACUGAACAAAGUGACAUCAUCGCGAGGAGACAGCGGAGGGCAAGGCCUGUGGGUGACCAUGAAGGCGUUGGUGGGAGACAUUGUCCAGAUCCGGAAAGAGUACCCUCACUUGGUGGACCGCAGCACAGUAGUGGCUCGUAAACUGGGAUUUCCUGAGAUUAUAAUGCCUGGAGACGUGCGCAACGACAUCUACCUAACUCUGCAGGGCGGGGAUUUCGACAAAUACAAUAAAACCACUCAGAAGAACGUGGAAGUCAUCAUGUGGGUCUGCGACGAGGAGGGCAAGGUCAUACAGAACUCCAUUUGUCUAGGAGCUGGCGAUAAACCAGUCAGCGAGUACAGAUCUGUCAUCUACUACCAAAUCAAACAACCGCGGUGGAUGGAAACUUUUAAGGUGGCCGUCCCUUUGGAGGAAAUGCACCGGAUUCAUUUGCGCUUCAAGUUCAGGCAUCGCUCGUCCCAGGAGUCUAAAGACAAGAGUGAGAAAAACUUUGCAAUGGCCUUUGUGCGUCUGAUGAAGGAGGACGGGACGGUGCUGCAGGACGGGCUGCACGACCUGGUUGUCUUCAAGGGAGACAGCAAGCGCAUGGAAGACGUGUCGUCCUACUUGUCAUUGCCAUCCACCCGUCAUCACCACGGCGACCUCCACAAGGGCGCAGCACUGAGUCGCAGCUCCAGCACUUUGUCCGGCAAUGCUGGGGGCCUCUCCGUCAGCUCCAGGGACAGUUUUACCAUCUCCACCUUGGUUUGCUCCACCAAGCUCACACAGAACGUUGGUUUGCUUGGUUUGCUGAAGUGGAGGACUCACCCAGAGCUUCUUAAAGACAACCUUGAGAAACUGAAAAUCAUUGAUGGUGAAGAGGUAGUGAAGUUCCUGCAGGACACGCUGGACGCCUUGUUCAACAUCAUGAUGGAGCACUCUCAGACUGAUGACUAUGACAUCCUUGUGUUUGAUGCCCUGAUACAUAUUAUAGGGCUCAUCGCUGAUAGGAAGUUUCAACAUUUCAACACAGUGCUGGAGGCGUAUAUCAAGCAGCAUUUCAGCGCCACACUGGCGUACAAAAAGCUGAUGUCUGUGCUAAAGAGAUACCUGGAUGUGUCCUGUCGAGGGGAAGAGUGUGAGCCCAUCCUCCGGAUCCUGAAAGCCCUCGAGUAUGUCUUCAAGUUCAUUGUGCGCUCGCGGAUGCUUUAUUCACAGCUGUAUGAGGGUAAAGAGCAAACCGAGUUUGAAGACUCUCUGAAAAGCCUGUUUGAAUCCAUCUACAACUUGAUGAGGACCGAUUACACAACCAAUCUGCUUAACAGGCUUGCUGCUUUGAAAUACCUACCCACAGUGCUCCAAGAUGUCGAGAAGGUUUUUGAUGGCAAACUGCUCAGCCAGUUGUUGCACGACUUCUACUCCUGCAUUCCUCCUGAAAAACUCCAGAAACACAAGGUGCUGUCCAUGACUGAGAUCGUCAGCAGCAAGCUCUUUCGAAAGCAAGAGUGCCGAGAUGUGUUACUCCCCAUGAUGCUGAUGGAGCUGCGUGUAGCAUUAGCCAGCAUGGCCGAUGGACCCCACGACGAGCGCAGGAACAGUCUGGAACUGCUCAACAACAUCCUGGAAGUCCUCAGCAGAGACUCUGUGGGGGAAACAUUUCAACACAUCCAGGACAUUGUGGUGUCUUUGCUCACCAUUAUCAACAGGACGGUCAUCUCAAUGAGGCGAGAACAUGCUCUCAUAGUAACUUAG